CCAAGAGCCAAUGGAAAAUGGGGGCUGAACGGUUAUGCGGCCGGAGGUAGGUGGAGUCGCCCGCGACCUGGACGGGAGCCUGGCGGGGUCAGCCCCUGACGAGCUGCCUGGCGCAUGGCUGUGUGGGGACUGGGAUCCCGCCUUGGCCUGCGCGGGGGCCUCGGCGCCGGCAGGCUGCUGUGUCCCCGUUUCCAGAGCCGCGGCCCCCAGGGCGUGGAAGACGGGGACGGGGUUUUCUAGCACCUUCACUGGAGAAAGGAGACCUAAAGAUGACCAAGUGUUUGAGGCCGUGGGAACUACAGAUGAAUUAAGCUCAGCCAUUGGGUUUGCUGUGGAAUUAGUCGCAGAAAAAGGCCACCCGUUUGCUGAAGAGCUGCAGAAAAUCCAGUGCUCGCUGCAGGACAUCGGCUCUGCCCUGGCGACCCCGCGCUCCUCGGCCAGGGAGGCUCACUUAAGUAAUCUUCUCUCCCAACCUGCCGCGCGCGCUCAGAGGAUGUGCUGCAUUCGAGGCGGGGCCCAUCCUGGAGCUGGAGCAGUGGAUCGACAGAUACUCCAGCCAGCUCCCCCCUCUCACGGCGUUUAUCCUGCCGUCGGGAGGCAAGAGCAGCUCCGCGCUGCACUUCUGUCGGGCCGUGUGCCGCCGAGCAGAGAGACGAUGCAGACACAGAAACCGGGGCACAGGGAGACAGCACUUUGGCCAGUGUCACGCAGCAAGAAGAGGCCAAACUCGGAUUUGAACUUGGGUCUGUCUACCUCCAGCACGUUCUUGAACCUCUCCACGGUGACUCAUGCCACCUGUGGGCAGCAGCAGAGCCAGGACAAGAACCCCAGUUUUCAGGGGCCACCUCGGGGCAGUGAUUGACAGCUAAGUAGGGGAGGGGAGGAGGAGAGGGUAUCAUAAACCCUGGGUGAGGGGCCCCAACCACACCUGCUACAAGCUACCUCUCUGGGAAAGGGUGAGAAGCAGGCAUCGGCCUGGGGGGCAUAGAGGCAAAGAUGGCCCGGAGAAGUGGUCGAAUAAAUGGUGGAAAGGCGUCCAGCUGACUCAGCACCUGGGGGUGGCUGGGUGACCUGUCCCCCACCAGAUGCUCCCAAGGCACAGAUCCUUCGGCCCUCGUCGCCGGCCAUCUGCAGCGCCCACAUCCUUCCUCCAGCCAGCAGGUGCCUUUAUUUACGAUCACCUUGGAAGGGUCGAGCAGACAUAUGUUGCUAAGGGUCGUUUAUUCUUGUUUAUAAAAUUUAUGGCUUCACCUCGAUUACACACUGUCAAAACGGGAAGGAUUGGCCCCAAAGUCUCUUGCCGCAUGACUGCCUCAGACGUGCGUACAUCUGUUAACUCCGUAGGAGCUGUAGAGGGAAAUAAGGUUGAUGAUAGCUCAAAAGCUCGCUGUCCCGUCACAAGGUGUGGGCAGCCCGCCUCGAGAAAAGGCAUCUGGGCGCGUCCGUGGAGGAGAGAGGGGUGGUGUCUGUGAGUGGCCGGGCCAGGUGGCACCAGGACCCUGUCCCCUCCCGGCCACACACUCUCUGUCAGGCGCUUGGGGUUGCCCAGUGGGAGAGGAAGAACUUGUUUCUGAGGAUCCUCAGGGGUCCGGCCGCAGGACCCAGCAGCUGGAGAGAGUUCCGAGCCUGUGGCUCUCCACCUGCAGACUUCAGCGGGGAGACAGAAGCGGACUCUCCACUGCUGGGGGAAUUGGAGAUAGGACGACCUUUCAGGAGGGCAAUUUGGCAGUGCACAUGAAAGUCCUAGAAACGGACGUCCUUAUGGAUUCUGCGUCUGAGAAUUUCUCCAAAGGAAAUAGAUACGUUGGUGGAGCCAUCGGGAUUUUUCAGGGCAGUGCUGCCCAUUACAGUGAAAAACUGGACACCGUGUCUAACAAUAGGGAGCUAAUUGCUAAACAGGAAAAAUAGUUAACAAUAAGAGGCUAUAGGAAACACAAAGCUGGGUGCGUGGGUGGUCCGUGAGUUCAAGUCCUGCAUCGGGUGAGCACGAGACCCACUUUAGGUGAACACGAGCCCCAGGUGAGUCCUGCUUCUCUCUCUCUCUCUCUCUCUCUCUCUCUCUCUCUCUCUCUCUCUCUCUCUGCCCCUUGCUCACUUGCACCCUCUCUCUCAAAAAAAAAAAAAAAGAAGGAAAUACAAAACGACUGACAUUGAUUGUGUCUAUAUAUUUAUUACUGUGGAAAAGAGAAAACUUUUAAGUGAAAAAAAAACAAGUUGUAAAAUAGUAUAUAUAGAACGACCUAAUUCCUGGAAAAGAAAUGCAUGUGUGUGUAUACACCACAGGAAAAAAUGCAAGGAUCUGUCCCAUGUGUUAGUAAUACUUACCUCUAAGGGGCACCUGGGUGGCUCAGUCGGUUGAGUGUCUGACUUCGGCUCAGGUCAUGAUCUCACGGUUCGUGAGUUCGAGCCCUGCGUCGGGCUCUGUGCUCACAGCUCAGAGCCUGGAGCCUGCUUCGGAUUCUGUGUCUCCCUCUCUCUCUGUUCCUCCCCUGCUCACACUCUGUCUCUCUCUCUCUCUCUCUCAAAAAUAAACAUUAAAAACAAAAUACCUCUAAAUCAUGGGAUUAUUUAUGGGUGGUUUUAACUUUAAUUGUUGUUGGUCUGGAUUUUUUUUUUUUUUUGAACAAUGAGUUUGGGUUGGAUUUGACAAAGGCUUACUUGUGUAAUAAACAGGACUGCCAGAGAGAAAAGAAACGGACAAAUGCUUUCUAUGCCUGUCAUGAAUCAUCUACCUCUCUCGGGAUGCUUGGAGCCAGGGUAGGCUUCCCUCCGGUAGCCAGAGCCACGGGGCCCCUCCGAACUCUAGAAGCCUGGAGAACAUGCCCCUGGUCAUUCUGCUGGAGACAGCCGGCUGUCUGGAGUGCAGUUCCUGGGCAGCCUGAAUGUGGAGGGUUGGCUUCGGUUCUAGGGCAACAGAGGAGGGAAGAAAAAUGAUCACGGCCCCACUGAGGAUUGCCCCCGGAAGGUGAUCACACCAGCUUUCCACAGGAUGCCGAGGACGCUGGCAUCCUUCUUUCUCCUCUGUCGGCUGCUGCAUCUUUAACUUGCGUGGGGUUUGAAAGUAGACAAAGAACAUCCGUAUUUAUCUUAGAUGGAUUUUCACCGUGGAUUAUCACCCUAACUUCAUUUGGACAAACUGGCGCCCCGUCGGGUACAGCGAUGAAUCCAAUGUGCCACAGUCAGCCAAGUGGCACAAACCAGCACUCCACCUGGGCCUUCAGUAGCAAAACCCAGCUUCGCUUCCCAAUUACCUUUUGUGGAGACAGUGGAAGGGCUUAUUCCAGGGGUGAGAAAGAGAUGCCAAUAUGCCAUUUGGUCGGGAGGGGCUGCCCGGAAGGCUGUGUUAAGAAGGAGCCUGAGGGGCGCCUGGGGGGGCUCAGGGCUGCCCGGAAGGCUGUGUUAAGAAGGAGCCUGAGGGGCGCCUGGGGGGCUCAGUCGAUUGAGCGUCUGACUUCUGCUCAGGUCAUGAUCUUGCAGUUGACGAAUUCGAGCCCCGCAUCGGGCUCUGUGCUGACAGCUCAGCCUGGAGC